ACAGGGGGAAAAAAAGGAAAAAGAAAAGAAAAAAAAAAAAAAAAAGGAAAAGAAAAGGAAAAGCGCGCUCGCUGUCUAGAAUAACAAAAUAUCUGAUCGUAACAAAAUAACAUCCUUCAGACAAAAUCAAGCAGGGACGUGACAUACCAAAAGGCAAAGGCGAGGAGAGCGAGCCAGGGCGCGGGGAAGGUGAGCCAAAGCCGCGAUCGCUGCCAGGGCAGGAGAGCAGCAGCAUGUCAAGCGCCGGGGCACACACGGAUGAGCGCUGCCGGCAGCCUGCCUUCCUCCCCGGCCCGCAGCCGCCGCCGCCGCAAGACCCUGAGAGUAGCAGCGGCAGCGCCAAGGUGCAGAGGAUGUGUGCAGCCAGGAGGAUGCUGCUGCUGCUCUUGGCUUUCCUGACCUACGCCCUGGACUCAGCGGCAGCGUACGGCACGGCGGAGACCCUGUGUGGGGGGGAGCUGGUGGACACACUGCAGUUCGUCUGUGGGGACAGGGGCUUCUACUUCAGUAGACCCGUGGGACGAAAUAACCGGCGGAUCAACCGGGGCAUUGUGGAGGAAUGUUGCUUUCGGAGCUGUGACCUGGCUCUGCUGGAAACCUACUGUGCCAAGUCUGUCAAGUCUGAGCGUGACCUCUCUGCCACCUCCCUGGCAGGCCUGCCAGCACUCAGCAAGGAGAGCUUCCAGAAGCCCUCGCACACCAAGUACUCCAAGUAUGACGUCUGGCAGAAGAAGAGCUCCCAGCGGCUGCAGCGGGAGGUGCCCGGCAUCCUCCGGGCGCGCCGGUACCGGUGGCAGGCGGAGGGGCUGCAAGCAGCUGAAGAAGCCAAAACUCUGCACCGUCCCCUCAUCUCCCUGCCCAGCCAGAGGCCCCUGGUGGUGGCACGAGCCUCUCCCGAAACGACCGGCUCCCAGAAAUGAACCCUGAGCGGCUGUCUCGAUUUUUGAUCUCCUUGGGGUUAUUGGGCGGGAGGAGGACUGGCGAGAGACCCGGCCCCCCCCACCCAAAGCCCCCCUCCUUCCCCGGGGCUGCCGAGCCCAGGAGCGGGGUGCUGGGGCACCCUCGAGCCGCUCGGGUCCCCCCAACCAAACAACUGACACAGCAAAGGAGGGGACGGCGGCGGCGGCAGCGGCGCCGCUCCCGCAGCAUCGUCCUUCGGGGGUGGGGGGGGAGGGUUGUUUCAUUUCCCAGGCCUGUUUCGUGUCCCCCCCUGCACCCCCUUCGACCCCCCCAGUAUUUCCAAGCCUGUACUUGCAAAGGGACAGUUUUUGGCACUUGAACUUUUUUGCUGCCGGGUGCUGCGUGACAUCCCUGGUGCCAACACCAGAAGACAAAAGAAAGAGCAAGAGGGAAAAAAAAGGAUAUGAAGUUAAAUUUUAAAUUUUUUUUUUUUUUUCUCAAGAAGAAGAGUCCAUUCCAUGUCUUUCUUGACAAUAAAGUGAAAACAAAAAUAACACGGGGAGAAAUAUUGAGGGUUAUAAUUU